AUGCCUCGUGGGCAGAAGAGCAAGCUCCGUGCCGAGGAAAAGCGCCGCCAGGCCCGAAGGCAGAACCAGGGUCCGCAGGGUGCUCAGGCCUCCCCGGAGCUCUCUCCUGAGCCUGAGGGCACACCCCAAAGUUCUUCUACUGCUGGUAGCCCUCAGGAGCCAGCCCCGGGUCCCAGCACUCAGGGUGCAGCACUGGCUGGAGGUGCAGCACAGACUGAAGGUGGACAUCGCUCCCAACCAAGAGCUCGCAAAGAGGAGAAGAACGGAGCUGAUGAAGGGCCGAGCUCGGAGAACACCGCGAGCUCCAGUAAGUCCAGAGAUCCUCUCAACACCAGGUCCUGUCUCCUGAUGCAGUUGAUGCUUCGCAAGUACAAAAUGGAUGAGUUCAUCACCAAGGAAGAGAUGUUGAAGACCAUCACCCGAAAGUACAGGAAGCAGUUCCCGGAGAUCCUUAAGGUCACCACCAAGCGCCUGGAGCUUGCUUUCGGCAUCUACCUAGAGGAGCAACACCCCUGUGGUCACGUCUACUCUCUCGUCUGCAAGCUAAACCUUCCCAGCAAUCCCACCACAAGAGGUCAGAGAGAGUUGCCCAAAACCGGGCUCCUCAUGCCUCUGCUGGGCAUGAUCUUCAUUAAUGGCAACAGAGCCACUGAGAAAGAGCUCUGGGAAUUCUUGAAUAAGCUGGGGGUCUACGUUGGGGAGGAGCACCUCAUCUUUGGGGAGCCCAAGAAGCUGGUCUCCAAUUUUGUUCAAGCAAAGUACCUGGUGCACAGGCUCUUAGCCGGCAGCUGCCCUCCACGUUUUAAGUUUCGGUGGGGCCCCAGAGCCUACGCUGAAGUCAGCAAGAUGGAAGUCCUGGAGUUUUUGACUAAAACCAACAGCACCAACCCCAGUGAUUUCACAGCCGAAUAUCAAGAGGCACUAGCAGAGCAGCAAGAGAGAGCCAGAGACAAAGGUGCUGCUGAAGUUGGUCCUGCUGCCCCAGGAAAGGCCAAGGCCAAGGCCAAGGGUGCUGGAGCUUCCACCCCCUAG